UUCAAAUAGUUGAAAUAAAUAUUUCAACUUCAAAAUUUUAGUCAAUUUUUCGAGUUUUUUUUCUACGAUAAUUUAUCAAAAUUCAAGUCAUAAUUAUCACACGCUAGCGAAUUAUUUUCCGCUAGUAUACAAAAUUGUUCACGUGAAAGAAAAAAACGGAAAAAAUCCAUCAUGGCGUUCGUGUGCCCGGAGAAGAAGCAGCAAAGAAAAUACCUUCUGUGCCAGCUGAAAAAACUGGUGGACAAUAUGGGAAACGGGGACUCGGGAUGUUGUCCCGGUCCCUGUCCGCCGAUUAACAGUUGUAUUGGGCCUGUUAUCGAAAUAUACGAUCCAUUGCCAAAGCCGUGCUUGCCGAUUUGCAGUCCCAUGUGUCCGCCUCGCUGUUCGCCAGGUUGCUGUCCCCCGCCUAGUUGCUGUCCCCCGCCUAGUUGCUGUCCCCCGCCUAGUUGCUGUCCCCCGCCUAGUUGCUGUCCACCUCAGGCGUGUUGUCCUACUCCGUGUUGUCCUCCAGCUUGCACUCCAGGCACUUGUCCCCCACAGAACGCUUCCGUCCCCAUAACCAUACCACCCCCACAACCCAUAUCUGUCCCGCCUAUAUUACCUGUCUGUACCACGGUACCGCCACCGUGCGUUCCUAUAUGCAAUCCUUAUCCGGAAGAGCAACCUUGCGUUCCUUGCAAUCCUCCUCAGAUGAUGGUCUGUUAUCGCAGACCCAAAACCAAAACGACGGGACCCAGGAGCAAGAGUAGAGAGCUGAGAGCGAGCAUCUUGCACGUGGGAUGUGAUUGUGAGAAACAUAAUGGUUUGCAAGACGACUGCCCACGAUUCGAAUGUCAAGGUUCCCCAGGGUGCCUGACAGAUCCUCCAACCUGUGGACCGUCCGAAUUUGCAGAUUGCAAGCAUUUGGGCAAAAAGGGGUACGAUCCCAAGAAAAAGGACUUGGAACAGUACCAGUGUUACCCAGCGUACGUCCGUUUACCGACAUGCGCUCCGUGUGGAGGAAAUGGUGGCGGCAAUGGUGGCAAAGGUGGAAAUGGAGGUUGCUGUCCUCCUUGCGGUCCUUGCGGUCCUUGCGGUCCUUGCGGUCCCUGCGAUCCUUGCUGCCCACCAUGUUGUCCACCACCAUGCGUACCACUCAUCGCUCAAGCGCCAUGCCCACCGCCAAUCACUCCAGGACCACCACCAUGCGUGCCCGUUGGCAGAGUCGUACCAGUUUGUCCCGCCAUGCCUUGUCCCAUACCAUGCCCGCCACCUGUCAUGUGUUGUCCUCCCAUCGGUCAGCCUCAGUGUUGUCCGUGCCCGCCGCCUCCGUGCUGUCCUUGUCCUUGUUAGAUGUGACCAAAAAAAUUUUUUUUUGGUCUUCAUUGUGUUGUAUUUAAAACGUGCUGUCUAAUAAAGCCAUUUUUUUUUUCUAUGA